AUUUAUAAAGACUUUAAACAACAAAUAAAAAUAUUUUCAUCAAAAUAAAAUUUAAAUAAAGUUGAAAAUUUUGCAAAAAUCAAAACAAGACUAAUGAACAUCACAGAUAGCUUGGAGAAAAUAUUUGAUUAAAAAUCCGCCAAAAAUCGCAGAGAUCCAGAGACACACCCCAGAGAAAACAGUCAAGCCCCCAACGAUUUUCAGCCCGUCUCGGACGGAGCACCGCCAAGAUUCUCACCGCCAGCAGCGCAAUGAACUCGUACUUUGAGCAGGCCUCCGGCUUCUACGGCCAUCCGCACCAGGCCACCGGAAUGGCGAUGGGCAGCGGCGGCCACCACGACCAGACGGCCAGUGCGGCGGCGGCCGCCUACCGCGGAUUCCCCCUGUCGCUGGGCAUGAGUCCCUACGCCAACCACCAUCUGCAGCGCACCACCCAGGACUCGCCCUACGACGCCAGCAUCACGGCCGCCUGCAACAAGAUAUACGGCGACGGGGCCGGCGCCUACAAGCAGGACUGCCUGAACAUCAAGGCGGACGCGGUGAAUGGCUACAAGGACAUCUGGAACACGGGCGGCUCCAAUGGCGGCGGGGGUGGCGGAGGAGGCGGUGGCGGCGGCGGGGCAGGAGCCACCGGCAACGGAGCCAACGGAGCCAAUGCGGCCAAUGCAAACGGACAGAACAAUCCGGCGGGCGGCAUGCCCGUUCGACCCUCCGCCUGCACACCCGACUCCCGAGUGGGCGGCUAUUUGGACACCUCGGGCGGCAGUCCCGUCAGCCAUCGCGGCGGCAGUGCCGGCGGCAAUGUGAGCGUCAGCGGCGGCAAUGGCAACGGCGGCGGUGUGCAGGGCGGCGUGGGCGUGGCCGCAGCGGGCACCGCCUGGAACGCCAACUGCACCAUCUCGGGCGCCGCUGCCGCUCAGACGGCGGCCGCCAGCAGUUUACACCAGGCCAGCAAUCACACAUUCUACCCCUGGAUGGCUAUCGCAGGUGAGUGUCCUGAAGAUCCGACCAAAAGUAAGAUAAGAUCUGAUUUAACACAAUACGGCGGCAUAUCAACAGACAUGGGUAAGAGAUACUCAGAAUCUCUUGCGGGCUCACUUCUACCAGACUGGCUAGGUACAAAUGGACUGCGAAGACGCGGCCGACAGACAUACACCCGCUACCAGACGCUCGAGCUGGAGAAGGAGUUCCAUACGAAUCACUAUCUGACCCGCAGACGGAGAAUCGAGAUGGCGCACGCGCUCUGCCUGACGGAGCGGCAGAUCAAGAUCUGGUUCCAGAACCGGCGGAUGAAGCUGAAGAAGGAGAUCCAGGCGAUCAAGGAGCUGAACGAACAGGAGAAGCAGGCGCAGGCCCAAAAGGCAGCGGCGGCAGCGGCAGCGGCGGCGGCGGUCCAGGGCGGACACUUAGAUCAGUAGACCCGUAGAACCGUAGAACCGUAGAUCCAUGGACCCGAAGAUCAAUGGAUCUGUAGGGAAGAAUUAGACGGAAUGGCGCAGAGACAGAUACAAAGCAACUAUAUUGUAACAAAUGAACUAUUUACUUAAAUGAAUAAUAUUUAAAUAUUUUGAUGGUACUUGUGCGAAUACGAAACUUAACCUAAAUCGAACCUAAUGGAAUUAUUUCAAGCGUUUGAGCAGCAACCGAAAAUACGUAAAUGAAACAAAACUACAAACUAAUUAACUAGGCUAAGUAAAUGAAAGUAGUGGAAAGAGCGCAGAUUAUAAACCUACUUAGACGUAAACGAGGAAAACCAACAAUUUUAAUUUAGUUCCAAACGAAAAAAAUUUAAAGAUUCGCAAGCGUAAGAUUUAUGUUGUCCACACGUAGAGAGAUCACUCGAAAUUUAAACCUCUGUCCUGCCCCUUUGUUGCUUACUGCUAUGUUUUAAUUAAUUUUCGCGAAAAAUACUCAAAAAUGAAAAAAAAAUAAAACUAUACGAAUACAAUGUUAAACGCGAGCAAAAUUCUGUUGAUAUGAAUUUUUGGUAAAAAAAAACCAGUUCUAAACCAAUUUAAGAUACGUAACAAAGGAAACGAAAAACAAAAAUAAAACUAUUAAACUUUAACUUAAAUAUAAAUAGAAUUUGUUAGCCAAGUAAACAUAUUACGAAACGAAAAACAAACGUUUUUGGGAGGAUCGAAUAUUUGAAUGUGUAUAGUUUGUGCUUAUUAAAUAAAAUAAUGCAAUUUUAGUUAACUCUGUUUAUUUUUAAACGAAUUUGUUUAGUUCUCGCCCAAACGACUAGAGUGAAGCUGUUUCUUUAAGUAAUAUGUAGUGUGUUUACCUUUUAAAUUAAAUUAAUGCCUAAUUUUAUUAUUAUUAUGUUUAGUUUAAUGACAAGCGUUUAUGAGAUUAUCCGACAGAUGCGACGAGUAGAGGAGUACAACAAACCGUUUGCUCCGGCAGACGCAAAUAAAUUAUUGGUUUUGAAAAAAUCUGAAAAA